GCCGGGCGGGAAGGGCCCAGGCGCCCGCUCCCGUGGGGGGGGGCCGGUAGCUUUCGUGCUGCCCCCGCGGCCUGUGCGCUGCAUCGGGGGCGCCGCGUGGGGCGCGCCGGUGCCGGAGUAACGCGGUGCGAGAGCAUCAGGCCGCGAAGCUUUCGCCCCCUGGCCCGCGCCUGCGGCUGGGGGGCCGGGGAGAGGAGGAGGUUGUCCCCUGGGAGUAUUUCAGGACUCGUCAGGCCCCCACGAGCAGUGCCCGCGGGAUCACAGGCGUAAUCGGGAAGGUGAAGUUGCUGAUCACCUCAGCCGAGCGUUGCCGCAUGCUAGAGAAGGGGUCCUGCAGGGUGAAAUCCAGAGUCAGACUCUGGGGGUGCUGGAGCCCAGUGAUCCGGAUGGAGUGUUCUUCCAGAGCCAGACAAAGUGUUCGCGCUGCGCUGCGCUGGGAAGGUCUCGGAGGGCACCCCAACCUAGCCCCUUCCGUUCAGUGGUGUGGGGACAGUUUGUAUAGUAGGGGUACUGGGAGCCGUUGAACUAAACCGUAAACCAUGUAUAUGACAGAAAACCCUUCAAGCCGGCGGGUUCCGCGCCCCCCGCCCUGACGCCUAGUUCCAGUACCGAGGCUUACAUUUGGUAUCUGUAUGGAAAAGAAGGGUGGUCGAGUGGUUAGGGUGCUAUCCUGGGCCUUUCAAGCCCUCGCUUAAAUUCCCCGCUGUGCCAUAGGCUUCAUGUGUGAUCCAUGAGUCACUCAGGGAGCUGAGACACAGAGACUAGCUGUAAAAUGGGGAUAAUAGUGCUUCCCUAUCUCGUGGAUGAUGCUAAAUCCAUUACAGUGCUCAGAGACUAUGGUCAUGGGGGCCACAUAAAUACCUAAGAUAGAUAGGUAUCCUGGAUAGCUGACUCUGUAAGCCACGCCUGAAGGUAAUUCUGAAUACAUGAUAAAAUGCUUCGUCACCAGAGUAAAUACUGUGAGUCCAGAAGGCAGGAGUGUCAUGUGUUUAGAGUAGGGAACUGGAAAUGCAGAUGAGCUGGGUUCUGUUGCCAGCCUUGCUGCUGACCUGCUGUGUUAUGUUGUUUACCACACCUCAGAUAAUACUACCCACCCUUUGUAAAGUUCUUUGAAGACUUUGGACAUCAAUGCAAAGUAUAAUGUUAAAAGUCACGUAAACUUUUCACUGUGAAAUAAUUUUAAAAUUCUUGCAUAGCUUUAAAGAAGAGUUUGCACUAUUUUUAUUAAUACUUUUUAAUUAAUUGUUGGUACAGUCACAUUAUAUAAGCACAAUAUCGUAUAGGACACCACUACAAUACAUACCUCUGUGCAACUUUCUGUACAUUUCUUAAAGGCAGUUCAACCACUUGCUUAAAGUGAGCCCUAUUCAGCAAAAGCACUUAAACAUAGAUGAAGUGAUAGACUUAAGCACACACUCAAGCACUUUGCUGAACCAGGGCUCUAAAUGGGAAUGCAAAAACUAGUUGUAAUAACAUUGGUAAACCUUUUGUAAAACCCAUGCAGAAAACACUAGAAAUGCACAAAAAAUCUUCAUAUUGCAAUCUGAACAAUUUAACUUACCGUGUUUUGUUUUGUAGAGUGUGGAGAGCGGGUACUGGUGGAUAUGAUAUCAGGACCUCGGAUUGUAGGUGGACAUGAUGCACAGCUCGGAGCAUGGCCGUGGCAAGGACCCAUACUACUGGAGGGUUGUGAUUGGCCUUCAUGAUACUUCCAGACCUGAGAGACAUACUGUGAAAAGUAGCGUGAGAGAGAUUUUUGUCCAUUCAGAAUUCAGAAUACAGACGUUUGAAAAUGAUAUUGCAUUAUUUAAACUAUAUAAAUCUGUAAACUACAAUGACUAUAUUCAGCCCAUCUGCUUACCCUUUGUUCACAUUCAUCUAAACAUCAACAACCAAACUGAGUGCUUCAUAAGUGGUUGGGGAAGUAUUGCAGAGAAAGGUGAAGGCUCACCUAUAUUACAAGAAGCUCAAGUAGAUAUUAUUCCUUCUGAUAUUUGUAAUGGUUUUGAAUGGUAUGCAGGGAUGAUUAAUAAUAAUAUGUUUUGUGCUGGCUUGGAAUCUGGAGGUAUCGAUAGCUGUCAGGGAGAUAGCGGUGGACCGUUAGUGUGCUAUCACCUAGAUACCAGCAAAUAUUAUCUGAUAGGGAUUACCAGUUUUGGAUUUGGAUGUGGCCGACCCAAACUUCCUGGGAUCUAUGUACGUGUGUCUCGCUAUAAAAAGUGGAUAAGUGCUCAUCUUAUUAGUGCUACCAGGACCCUGAGCACUACACUUGCUCUGAUUCUCUUGACGGUGGGGUGGACAGCGCACUGCCAUUUGGUUGCACUAGAGACUUCAGAGGCCUCUCUCAGAUUCUCUGCAUGACCAGGCAGCCACUCGUGCUUUUUAUAAAUACGUACCCUUAAUGACUGUGGGUAAAUGCUCCUUGUUUAGUAAAAGGCAUAUGGUUUUUCCUUUUCUCUAGCCAACCCACCCAUGUGCACAUCCCGCCAUAAAGCAUUUUUUUAAAAAUAUUAUCACAGGUAUCAUAAGUAAAAACUAUGCACAAUAGAGAAAGAUGCUGUACAAUUGCAUGAGUAUAUUCUAUGGGGCUUGAACUUUACAAGCAUGAUGAAAACCAGCCUGUUUUAUAGCAUGUUGUUAUAAGGUUAUAGUUGUUCAUUAAAUAAAGGACCAUGAAAGAAAAUGUACAUUACCGCGGUUGGCUGGCACAGCACAGUGGUCCCUUGUUUGUUAAGGUAAAGCAGAAAAUUCAUAAUUUAAGAAAAUCAUAAUGUGUAUUCUAGUCUAGGCUUAAAGGGACGUUGUCAUGUAAGUGAUUGUUCAAUAUUGUAACAUCUUAGCAUCUUUAAAAUAAAAUGUAUUUUCCACCCAGA